AUGCCUGCGACUCGUAACAUCGGCUCCUCCACCUUUUCUGGCAUCGGCUUCGGUGCCAUGGUCAUCUCAGGCUUCUACGGCAGUGUAGAGUGCUGGACGCCCGCGCAUGCCGCUGGGAGCACGUUCUGGGACACAGCUAACAUAUAUCUCGACUCGGAAGAACUGCUUGGCAAAUGGUUCAAGCGCACAGGCAAACGGGCCGACAUCUUUCUUGGGACUAAGUUUGGCGUCAAUCCUGAUGACUGGACGGUCAAGGGGUCCCCAGACUAUGUUCGCCAGUGCGUCGAGUCGAGUCUAAAGCGGCUCGGCGUCGACUAUAUCGACCUUUACUAUAUGCAUCGCGCUGAUUCCAACACACCGAUUGAGGUCAGCGUCCGUGCAAUGGCAGAGCUCGUGAAAGAGGGCAAGGUCCGGCACCUGGACCUUUCUGAGGUGUCUGCCUCGACUCUCCGCCGCGCCCAUGCUGUCCACCCCAUCGCUGCGCUGCAAGUAGAAUACGCCCCAUUCACACUCGACAUCGAGGACCCCAAGAUCGACCUACUCCGGACAGCCCGUGAACUGGGCAUCAAAAUCAUCGCUUACUCGCCUCUCGGUCGCGGUUUGCUGACUGGCCAAAUACGCUCUCCCGACGACUUUGCGCCUGACGACUUCCGGCGUAAGAUCCCCCGCUACAGCGACGCGAAUUUUCCCAACAUCCUGCACAUUGCCGACUCCCUCAAGGCCAUUGGCGCGCAAUAUACGACGCUCUCUGGCAAGCCUGCAACAGCUGGCCAGAUCGCGCUCGCGUGGAUGCUUGCUCAGGGUGAUGACAUUAUCCCCAUUCCGGGAACGAAGAAAAUCAAAUACAUCGAAGAGAAUGCCGCUUCUGCUGAUAUAACCCUCACAGUACAACACGUGGCGGAAAUCCGUGAAUUAGCGGUCAAGGCGAAUGCUGCAGGUCAAACAGCAGGAUUGCGAGCUCCAGAGGCCAUAUGGGCCCAGAUGUUUGUGGAAACUCCAGCUGACGCAUGA